AUGACAUAUGAAGAUAUGAAAGAUGACGAUUCUAAAACAAGAUUUUAUACAGGUUUUGCAACUUUUCAAAUUUUUUGGAUGUUUUUUGCAGUGCUGAGGCAGAAACAUGGUGCAGAGAAACUCAAUUACUGGGAGGGAGAGACAAGGUCCAUGGGUGAGAAGUCGUAUCAUGAACCAGGGGUUAAAAAGCCUGGCAGAAAACGUUCCUUGAGACCAGUGGAUGAAUUCUUGAUGGUUUGCAUGAGACUUCGUUUAGGGCUGCUUCAGGAACACCUUGCUGAUAUUUUCAGGGUGUCCGAAACGACAGUAUCACGAGUAAUGAACACUUGGAUUAACUUCCUCUAUAAUCACUGCAAAUCCUUAAUAAAGUGGGUCUCCAGAGAGCAGAUUUUGUGUAACUUACCAAAGCUUUUUAGCAUGCACGCAGAUACUAGAAUUGUGCUUGAUUGCACAGAAUUUUUUAUUGAAAAACCGUCCUCUUUAAAGGCACAGUGGAUGACGUGGUCCGAAUACAAACAUUCAAACACUUUUAAAAUAUUGAUUGGUGUGUCACCAAGUGGUAUGGUAACCUUUGUGUCAAGACUGUGGGGUGGGAAUGUGUCAGACAGACACAUUACUCAGCACGAUGGAUUUCUUCCAAAACUGUCACCAGGUGAUGUUGUAAUGGCAGAUAAAGGUUUCACAAUAGAAGAUUUGUUACCAGCUGAUGUUGGAUUGAAUGUUCCACCACGAGUAUCAAGUACAUGCCAGAUGUCAAAACAUGAUUUCUUUAAAACAAAUAGAAUAGCUUCAGCCAGAAUAGUAGUUGAAAUGAAGAUGGAACAGAUCAAAAACUACAAUAUUGUGAACUCAGUUUUACCAAUUUCAGAAGUGCACUUAUCAGAACAAAUUAUAGUUAUCUGUACAUCUUUAACUAACUUAUUGCCUCCACUUCUGAAGUGA